AUGCUAGACAUGCUUAUUGAUCAAUUUCUGCUUUUUAAUUUGAAUAGAAACAUUGGCCUUGCUACUCAUGCAGCAUUGAUCAGGAAACUGUUGAAAAGAUUAGAGUUGGGAUCAAAGAACAAACAGAAAUCACUGUUCAUUUUAUCAGAGAUGGCUAAGAGGAAGAGCCAAGGGCGCAGGAAAUCACAUGUUGCUGGGAGCUCCCAUGAUGCCACGGAGGAUGUUGAGGAUCGCCACACAGCCCCGGAUGAUGUUGAGGAUCGCCACAGACGGCUGCAUGCUUCUUUUCGUAGAGUCAGAGGCAGAUUUGGUGAGGACCAGGAUGUUGGUGGGACAUCAAAUGAGGAGCGUCGAGACCCUUGUGAGAUGAUUCCUGAGCCUUCUCGUCAGACGACUCCCGAGCCUUCUCCGCCUUCUCGUCAGAUGACUCCUCAGAGUUCGGCAGAGAGUGAGCAUGAGGUUGAUGUGGAGCAUGAGGUUAAUGUGGAGCUUCAGGUUGAUGUGGAGCCUGAGGUUGGUGUGGAGCUUGAGGGUGAUGCUGGAGCACGACGGGAUGAGGUGCCAGUCCAGACAGAGGCACCGUUUCCAGGGGGCCUGAUGAUCUGUCACUGUUGGUCCGUUACCCACAUCACGUUGCGCCGUGUCUGUGGCAUCAUAUUAUAG